GUUCUUACUCGUCGAGUCUUGUUAAAGAAAAACUCCUGGGUUAAUGGAUGAAAUAUAUUUAAAAAUUUAGUUAGAAAAAUUGAUAAAAUUAAUUCAUAACAAAUUUAUUUCCUUCGCAAUAAAGUGGCAUGUUUAAUCACGUUAAAAGCAUCUUCAGAGCACGACGCUUCAUAGUUACUUAGCUAUUCCAAUUAUUUAUUUACACGUACGUUUCAUUAUCGAACUGCACGUCUUCACGCCUUCAUAAAUGAGUUUCAUUAUACAUAGUGUUUUCGGCUUAAAAACGAUAGUCUGUUUUAUGGAUUAUAGUAGUCUACCUACAUUUAUGGCUACGUUUCUUCGGUAACAUUGAAUUUUUUCGAGACUGCUUAACAUUUAAUGACUAACAUCUAAUGAUGUUAACGACAAAAGUCAAGGAAUGUGGAAAAGUGAAGACACGUAAGACAUGGGAGUUAUUUAGGGCAACAGACUUCGAAUCGUUGAUGUACCCGUGCUUUUGCAUCUGCUGGCUACUGGGAUAUUUUCCUUACAAGUAUCAACCUCCAGUAUAUUCACUAUCGAAGCAACGUUUUGCCUUCUCCACGUCUAUGAUGUUCAUUUUCGUAUUCUUGUUGCUUUUCAUAAUCUACGAAACCAACAUUGGCACGAAAAUGAACUACAGCAUACCAGAGUCGAUUCACGGGAACAUGUACGCGUUCUUAGAUGGGUUCGUGAUCGUGGUGAUGUAUUUGUCAACUGACGCUCGAUUAUCGGUGAUCCAAAAUCUGUCAAGAACCAGCUGCAUAUUGCUUACGAAGGAUUUCAAAGAUUUAUCCAAAAUGAUUCACACGAAAGACAUUUUAUGUUUAUUAUUUUUGGCCAUCCAUGUACCAAACUGUUUUAAACACAACAUUUUCGUGACAGUACAGAAUCUUACCAACAUAUACAUAAUGAUGGCCAACUUUUCCAUGGACAUAUUCUAUAUAAAUUGCGUGUGCAUUUUGAAAGAUUGCUUCAAGAAAAUGGAUGAAUCUAUACGACAACUGAAGAAGCUCCGAAUCAAUGAUAAUAUGUCGACGCAGACGUUCAUGCAUCAUGAACAGAUAAGUCCAUUGGUGGUGAUGAAGCUGAAGAAUUUGGAAGAAAAACACUUGCAAAUCAGCGAUGGGGUGGAAUUGCUGAACCAUACGUUUAUGAUACAUAUUACAGUCGCAGCUAUUACGACGUUCAUCGUGGUCACUUUCGAUAUAUAUUUCUAUAUAAUUUAUUCACACAGCAGAUUUCCUGCAAACAGCAAGUUCUGGUACAAACCGUAUGUCACGCCAGCCGCUUUCUAUUUUAUCAAGUUUUGGAUGAUGAUUUGGGCAUGUGAAACAGCGACGAAUCGAGCGAGAAAAAUGAAGACGACACUUUGGGAUGUUUUCGGUGCUACUAACGAUCCAUUCGUGAAACGCGAGGUGGAGCUUUUUUCUCUGCAAAUAAUGCACACGACAAACAUAUUCACAGCAAAGACAUUCGAUAUGAAUUCGUCAUUUUUGGCAAAGAUCGUCGGAGGUAUCAUAAUGUACAUCUUGAUCCUGUUUCAAUUUUUAUUAAACUACGUUGUGUGCAGUCUUCAUAUGUAAUGAAAGCGAGAUCUUUGAAGUGACGUGAUUCUGUAGGUGUUCUUUAUUAAUUCUUUGGCAGCUUUUUG